AUGGAUGAGGAGGGAGACGACAUGGAGCCCAAUGAGGAUGAAGACAUGGAAGAUGAUUACGUUGACGAAGACGAGGAAUCAGAGGAAGAGGCCGCUGACGCGCUGAAUGGAAGCGAAUCACCACUGGAUCUAGGGUUCGCUCCAAAUGGACAUUAUGGUAUAGAUGCCGCAACACCGGACUUGUUUACGUCGGCAGGCGCGCAGGAGGCCUUGCAUCCCCUUCGCCGCACCGCAGAUCGAGUCACGCGCCAGAUUGAGGCCUUCGCCGAAAAACUGGAUCGUUUCAAACAAAAAGGAAACCGCUCGGAGGACUUGUCGAACUACCAAGCUGCCUAUAACCUGGUGAAGAGCUACCAGACCCUCGCGCAAGAUGCAAUCAGCGACAUCACGAAACAAAACACCUUGAAACGGGCUAAGCUUGGAUUGGGUGCUGCUCGAAGCAACGGAUCCGCAUCGUUCGAUCCCAAGACUGCAGAGGAGCUCCGGCGUCUACAAUUGGAAGCCGACACUUGGCGACUUCUCCUCAACCUUAUUAGCAGGGACGAUCCGCCCCGCAGAGCCGACUCCAAGAAGUCGCAAGAAUCUAUCUUCCAGAAUCUACACCGGUACUCCCCCGAUCGCGACGUCUGGGACCAAUUCUUGACUGCGGACCAUUAUGCGACGGAAUGCGUUAUCAUCCUGAAGUGGCUCGAACGCUCGGCCAAAUACAGCACGCAAGAUGUGGACUAUCUAAUCUCUGAGUUAGAGUCACAGGCCGAAAGAGGGCAGGGAUCAUGGUCCCAUGGAUGGCUUUACACGAAGGAAACAAUCAAGGGACAGAAGCGACUGCGAGCCUGGCCCCAACCCCUCGAACCCAAUGACCCGGGCAUCACCGCUACGCUUCUGAGCUCGGAUAAGUCGGAGCCACUAGUCACCCAAUUAGAUCCGGACGCCGUCACCCGCCAAAGGCAGAGCCUACAGAAGCAGGAUCAGUUCUACGAGCGCGCUACAUGGAUGACGUGCUGGAAGAUGCUCAGACAUGGGGAGAGUUGGUUCAAGAUCCGCGAAUGGUGUGCAGAGCGGUUGGAAACAUGGCGAGCCGUCAGCAUCUGUGGUACUAGCGUGGAUGUUGAAACACACACUGGAAGAACACCUGUGGAUGAUGGGCACACACGCCUGAUGAACUGGCGUUCCCAAGAGUCCUGGAGGGCCGCCUGUAGUGCUUUGGCACGGAAUCCACACGCCGAGGAUUUUGAGCGGGCGGUUUAUGCGUUGCUCUGCGGCGAAACAGAGGCAGCCUUCAAGGUCUGUCAUACCUGGGAUGACUAUCUUUUCGUGCACUUCAACAGCGUCCUCCUGUCUCGCUACCAGGGAUUCUGCAAGCAGUUCCAGCGGAAGCUAAGCCAUUCGCCUACAACUCCUGUUGCCUUUGUGCCUGAACCGGCAGGAUAUGCCGAAUUCAAUAAAUUCGUGCAGUACACUAGAGGAAACGAGCGCGUUGGAAGCGAGGCACGGAACCCGUACCGCACUAUCCAAGCGACAAUCUUGGGCAAAGGAUACGACGCAUUCUUCUAUUCCUUGGCCCAGGCAGUGUCCCAGGUUGCGAACAACAAAUCGGAUGCAUCAUCCUUCGUUCCUGAUGUGUCACCUACCUCCGUCGAUGACAGUCUUGUCAUUGCUGCAGAGGACGGCGAUGCGCUCCGGAUUGCCACCCAUCUUUACAUCGUCGCUCAUUCCAUUGGAUACGUUCGCGCCGACACUCAAUUCUACAACACUGCCUGCGUGAACGUAAUCGGGUAUAUCGCUAACCUGGAAUCCCUCGGUGUUGUGGAUAUCAUUCCGCUUUACGCUUCCCUUCUCCCGGAGGAUUUGACGAGGUCUGUUCUGGCUCAGGUAUUGAUCGAGAUUGUUGAUCCACGGGAGAGAAAGAACCUGGUUCGGUUGAUGGAGAAGCACGGUAUCGACGUCGAGGCUGUCCUGCAGACCCAGUGGGAGUGGCUGAGCGUGAAUGUCUCUGCCAUCGACCACUCCAGGACGGUCAAGCGGCACCCGAAGGUUGUCAACCGCAAGGAUGGCAACCUUGAAUUGGUCCCGGUCAAGACGGAUUUCAUUGGAACCGAGAUAUCGGAGAGUGAUGAGAAUGUCAUACGCAGUCUUGAAUGGCUUCGCUACGUGGAUGGACAGUGGGGGCGAAUCUGUCAGCUCGGAUCUUUGUUGUACCGCAAGUUCUAUAUUUCGGGUCGACUCUCUGCAGCUCGGGAGCUGUGUCGGCGGAUGAAGCUAUCCGACAUCUCGCGGGAAAUGUUCGGCUUUGACAUUUCGGAGUUUAGCCUCGAUGUGGCGGCGAUGCAAGAGGUCAACACCCCAGAACCUUCCAGUCCGACGAAGUCGAGGUUGCUCAGCUCCCCUCACAAGCGUUCUCGGUCGCGAACCAACGGAGUUGCGUCGGGAAGCCAGGCGAGCAUCUUACUCCAGCAAUCGCAGACCAUGCGUGACCUGGAGGUCCUUAUCCUGGCAUUGGACGCUCUGGAGAGAUAUGCCAUAAAUUAUGAAAAACUAGAAAACAACAAACGGCGGCGUGAUUCGGGUAUGCUCAAGGACCUGAGAGAAGGGCUACAGGAAGCCCUGGAUGAUACUAGCGUCCAAAUCGAUGUCAUGUUGGACGAGUGGCUGGUCAACUACGAGAAUGAAGCCGAGAAGGAGGAGUUGGAGGAGAUUCGUAACACCUACAUUCCCGAAGUGUUCCUCGAUUACCACAAUACGAUGUAUUUCUCGGCUCAUGUGCUCAGCAGCGAGCUCUUGGUGCAGUGCAUGAACUUGGCAACCCAGGUGGCCGAAGUGGAGCAUCUGACGAGCAGCUUCGUUGCGGCCCGCCGCGUUGGAGAGCUGAUGAACGCGUUGGCAGUGUCCAGCAAAUCCAUGGUGAACACGCACGCGAAGCCCGGCGUCAGGCUACUGGGAGGAGAGUCGUUGGGGAUCUGGGCCCCGCAGGUGUCUGACGAGGAGAACGACACGACCCAGGAGCAAUGA